ACUUUCUUCCAAGCACGACUUUUGAACUUUGAUCUUUGUACCGGCUUGUUAGAUUAGAGCAGGUAAGUAAACAACUUCGAGUGUAAUAUUGAAAAUAGUAUUUAUCGACCACUUGGAAGUGAUACAACCAGCAUAAAGUAUGGCAGCAUUAGGUGUCUUCAUAAGAAAAAUGUCCACCAGCGCCUCCAGAAACGCCAUAAAAAACGUCACGGUCAUCGGCGGUGGCCUGAUGGGCUCUGGAAUUGCCCAGGUUGCUGCUCAAACCGGACACAACGUAACUCUGGUAGAAGUCAAUGCCGACAUCCUCAAAAAAGCCGAAAGCAGCAUAGCCAACAGCUUAUCUCGUGUCGCCAAGAAACUCUACAAGGACGAUGCAUCGGCAGCCAAAAAAUUCGUGGACGAAACACAGUCGCGUAUCAAGGGCUCUACGAACACCUCAGAAUCCGUCGCAGAUAGCGAUCUAGUCGUGGAGGCCAUCGUAGAGAAACUGGAGGUAAAACACAAGCUUUUCGAGAGCUUGGACAAAGUCGCGCCUCCUAAAACGAUCUUUGCGUCAAACACAAGCUCUUUGUCAAUCACAGAAAUAGCAUCCGUCACUAAUAGGAAGGACAGGUUCGGAGGGCUGCAUUUCUUCAACCCCGUGCCCGUAAUGAAACUGUUGGAAGUCGUAAGGACUCCUGACACGUCGGAACAAACGUACCAAGCAUUGAUGGCUUGGGGGAAAGCCGUCGGAAAGACCUGUAUCACUUGUAAAGACACGCCUGGGUUUGUGGUGAACAGGUUGCUGGUACCUUACAUGGCUGAAGCUAUAAGGAUGAUGGAAAGAGGUGACGCCUCUCCUCAAGACAUCGACACUGCCAUGAAAUUAGGAGCGGGUUAUCCCAUGGGGCCUAUCGAACUGGCCGAUUACGUAGGUCACGACACUUCUCUUAGUAUCUCCGAAGGUUGGCAUAAAAAGUUCCCCGACAACCCACUGUUUGAACCGUGCGCCUCAGUCAAGAAACUAGUGAGCGAAGGAAAGCUUGGUAGAAAAUCCGGGGAGGGUUUUUACAAAUACAACAAGUAAUUUUAAUAACAAUCAUUCUUAUAUUCCUUCGUAUACUACUUUACUAUAUUUUUAUUUCAAUUUCAGCACUGAUAUUUUUUGAUGGUUAUAUACAGGUUUUCGUAAACUUUAAGUAAUAAUAGAUAUUUUUACAGUUUGAAAUAUUGGCUAGUAAAUUUAUCAAGGAGCGUAAAGAAACCCGAUUGGGUGAAGUUUUACAAAGUUUGGAAGAGAAACAUUAAGAAAAAUAAGGGAAAUAUGUUGCAUUACUGAACUGUUUAUACACGUGUACUAUAAUAAAUACCUUUUUGUACUUUU